GCAUUUAUUUUUUAUGCCCUACUUCUCUGACCUAAAAGCUCCCAUCCUACCCCUCUGCAGAUGCAUUCUUACUGAGACACGACACCUGAAGGUUCCUGUGUUUGUUGACCCAGGACCCUGCAUUCACUAUAUCUGGUCUCCCCGGACCCUGCAUUCACUAUAUCUGGUCUCCCCGGACCCUGCAUUCACUAUAUCUGGUCUCCCCGGACCCUGCACUCACUAUAUCUGGUCUCCCUGGACCCUGCAUUCACUAUAUCUGGUCUCCCCGGACCCUGCUUCACUAUAUCUGGUCUCCACGGAUCCUGCAUUCACUAUAUCUGGUCUCCCCAGACCCUGCAUUCACUAUAUCUGGUCUCCGCGGACACUGCAUUCACUAUAUCUGGUCUCCCCGGACCCUGCAUCCACUAUAUCUGGUCUCCGCGGACCCUGCAUUCACUAUAUCCGGUCUCCCCGGACCCUGCAUUCACUAUAUCUGGUCUCCCGGAGCCUGCAUUCACUAUAUCUGGUCCCCCACAGUACACAAAACAUGGAAAUGCAAUUAUCUUAGUAAAUAUAAACUGCUAA